AUGAACAGCCCCGAGCGGCCCGCCGAGACCCCCGCACCCGACGUCCCCACCUGGUCCACGCAGCCCACAUACAGCAACCUUGGUGAGAGCCGCGCCAACCUGCUGCCCUCCAAGGCCCACCGCCUCCGAACAGCCGGCUCCCUCUUGGCUGACCCGAAGCCCCCACCCCUGCCCAAGAAGACCUUGAUUCGAACCCAGUCCCUGCCCACCUAUGGGGCCUCUAGCCCCAGCCCCACCCACACUGGGCAGCCUCAGGGGCCCCUCCUGGGGUCCCACAGUGUGGACGAGAGCCAGGAGGGCGACGGCCAGGUGGGCCCAGCCAGCCCCCUCGCAGAGCUGACCUUCAGCACGCCCGACGCCGAGCUGGGCCGCUUCUUCCAAGACCUGCAUAACCUGGAGGCGGUGCAUGCCACGCUCGCUGCCUGGCAGCUUGCCAGCCUCGGCGCCAUCCACGCCCGGCUCCACACCCGGCUCGCGGGGGGCUGCCCCGGCCCCUGCCGCCCCGGCCACAGCUUCCGCUUCCUGGACAACUCACACUGUGUGGACAGUGGGGACGCCCUCUACUACCGCGUGGUCCGCGUGGACGAGGACGCCUGGCACAUCCUGGCAGCCAAGGUGCCCAAGCCGGGAGCCGAGGCCCCUGACCCGUGGGGCCUGCAGCUGCAGGCCUCGCUGCGCCCCCACUUCAACAUCCAGAGCUUGUGCGGCCUGGUACCCGAGCGCGUCCUGCCCGCGGCGCCCUGGCAGGGCCCAGCUACGUUGGUGGCUGAGGUGCCCGAGCGCACGGUGGCCCAGUGGCUGACGGAGGUCGGUGUGCGGCGGCCCCCGGAGUUUGCCCGGGCCGCGGCCUUGCUUCUGCUGCAGCUGAGCGCGGCCCUGGAGCGCCUGGAGGAGAGGGGCGCGGCCUCGGCGGAGCUGCGGCCUGAGAACCUGCUGCUGACGACGCCGCGGGGCUGCGCGACCACUGGGGGGCCCUGGCUGCGGGUCCGCCGCGCGCUGCUGGCCCUGCGUCUGGCUGAAUAUGCCGUGGGCGGCGAGGCGCCGGGCCUGGAGGACUGGCUGUGCUGUGAGUACCUGGCUGAAGCCACCGAGGGCUCCGUGGCUCGCGCCCUGGCGCUGCUGUGGGACUGACCCCAGCCAGAAGCAGACCCCAGGCUU